AACCACCCAAUUUAUUACGCCCCAGUUUCUUGUCCAAUCUUUCAAAGCCAUACUUUCUCUUCCCCUUGGUUUCGGAGGCUUUCAUGGUUAUCCAUCUUCUCUUCUCUUCCUUUUAGGCCCUUCUUUUCGUUUCAGUUCUCGUUAUCUAUUAGCAUCCUUUCUUGUUCUUGUCUUUUCUUCUUCUAUUCUUCUUCUUCUUCUUCUUUAUUUUUUGUCCUUCUUUCUUUCUUUUUUUUGUUUGUUUGUUUCGAUCUUCAUCGUCUGGCUCUUAUGGGUCUAUGAAUGCACCAACCCUUCUUGUACCCAGGGGGAGUUUUUAUACGUGCUGUUCAUUCAUCCACAGUAGUUGUAGAAGAUGAACACCGGAACCCUGUAACUGUGGCUGCAGGAAGCGGAGAACUUUCUUGGGUUUUUGAACCUGUCACUCUUUCGUUCGUGCAAAAGAACCAUCUCUACACAUUCCUUAAAGCGUCUGGCUGUUGCAUUUUUCUUGCUUCCACCAUGUCGCCCAAGAUGAAAGGAAUCUACAAAAGUUUCAAAUUCAUUUCCCAAAUAUUUGUUGUGAAGGAGCGUGAGAUUGAAAUUGGGUACCCGACAGAUGUUAAGCAUGUGGCACACAUAGGAUUGGAUGACCAAUCUGGCAGUGCACCUAGUUGGAUGAAUGAAUAUAAAACAGCAUCCGAGUUUUCAACGACAUCGCUCGGAAGCCUUGGUGAAUUUAGAGGUUCCAACUCUAUGCCUCUUUCCACACGGUCUUCUAAUGGUUUUGAGCAUUCCAUGAGACACCGACCAGCAUGCGACACGUUCAAAGACGUUCCACCUACUGAACUUCAUAAUGUUCAAAAGAAGCAGAAGCGAAAAAAGUCCAGAUCAACUUCUUCUCCCAAGUCUUCUUUGUCUAGAUCCUCGCGACCAACAAAGUCGAAGUCUGAUAUGGAUGCAGCAUUAAACCUACAAGUCUAGAAAUGGUGUAAUAUUAU